CCAAUGCCUCACUGCACAACCUUGACUGAUUAUCCAAUGAGGAUGUCGGAGGGCAGUUACCAGCGGUCAACCCCUUCGCGGUCGUCCGUGCCAUUGGAUUAGUCUUUUUCUUUCACCCGCGAGUCAAACACCCAGUGAGUCCGUUGAUCCAUUGAUGUGUUGUGGCAUCAGACGUCGAGUGAAUGGAUCCAAACAAGCCUGACCUCAGCGGAAUGGCAGGCAUUCCUUUGCUGGGGCGCGGGAGAGGACUGCAGCCAGAAGAGCCGGCCGUAGGACGCAGUAGAGGGCUGUUGCUCUCUACAGAGGGGCCUGGUGCAGCACGAGCCCGAGUUUUCCCCGUGCCUGGCAGUACCAGUACCCAACAAGGACGAGGAGUAGCCCUACCCAUUUCUGAGCCUGUGUUUGGACGAGCUAGGGGACUGCUGUGGCAAUGUGACGAUGGAGUUGUUGCACGAAGCAGAGGACUGCUCUUCCCAGCAGCUGAACCAAAGCUAGGGGUUGCAAGAGGUGCUGUCAUGCCUAGUCUGCAGCCCCAGCACGGACAGAAACCUCCAGGCGAAACCAUAAAGCAAUGCCUUACAGAAGAGACCAAGGCUUUGACAACAAAAGAGGUUGACAUGUCCACCCAUGGUCAAGCAUCGCCGCUGGUCUCCAUGUUUAGAGAAUUAGGCGUUGAGCCCCAAGUGACUUCAUGGGGUAGAGGGACACUACCAGUUGGAAGAGGAGCAACUGUAGAUAUGGGAGAGUCUAGGCUGCAUGGUGCAUCAAUAGGUCUCGUCUGUAGCCCAGAGAGUAUCGGCCAACCCGGAGAGGUGAUGGACAGAGUCAGCAGUUCCCUUGGCCGAGGAUUUUCCCCGCAGACAAUGUUUGGGCUUGGAAGAGCAGCGAUGCCACAGCUUGGCGUAGGAAGAGGACGCACUGUACUUCCUUUCCCUCCUGGUCGCGUCGAGUCAGUUUCUCCUGCCUCUGAACCACAACCUGCCUCAUACACUCAGCCUUCCCAUGCAGCAGCCAUGCCCUCUUCGCCCACCACUCGAGAAGUCCUGGAGCCUUCUACUACUGAACCAGCAGAAACGGAUCUGAAAAUGGAGGCAGUCCCUGUGCCACCUAAUAAGGCCGGAACCCAUGGAACUACAAUAAAUAUUGGCUCAAACCACAUCCCAAUUAACUGCAAGAAUGAGGCUGUUUAUCAGUACCAUGUUACAUUCACUCCAAAUGUUGAAUCAAUGGCAAUGCGUUUUGGCAUGAUGAAAGAUCACCGCCCAACCACAGGGGAUGUAGUGGCUUUUGAUGGCUCCAUACUCUACCUGCCUGUAAAGAUGAACAACGUGGUUGUUCUCAAGAGCUUGAGACGAACUGAUAAUGAGGAGAUACAAAUCAAAGUCCAGAUGACGAAGAUUUUGCCACCCAACUCGGAUCUCUGCAUCCCGUUCUACAAUGUGGUCCUCAGGAGGGUAAUGACAACCAUCGGACUGAAGUUGGUGGGGCGAAAUCAUUACGAUCCAGAGAGAGCUGUCAUUCUUGGAAAACAUAGGCUCCAGGUGUGGCCAGGCUAUUCAACCGCGGUCAAGCGCACAGAUGGAGGCAUGUACCUGUGUGUUGAUGUGUCUCACAAAGUCUUGCGGAAUGACUCUGUGCUGGAUGUCAUGAACGUGUUGUACCAACAGCGCAAGGAGAAAUUCCAAGACGAAUGCGCCAAAGAACUGAUCGGCAGCAUCGCCAUCACCCGCUACAACAACCGCACCUACCGCAUUGAUGACAUUGAGUGGAACAAGUCGCCCAGCGACACCUUCCUUCUAAUGAAUGGCUCAAAAACCACCUUUGUGGAAUACUACAGCAAGAACUAUGGGAUUACAAUCAAAGAGAUGGACCAACCGCUGCUCAUACAUCGGCCAAAGGAGAGGUCUAAGCCAGGAGGGAAGCAAAUCGUCACUGGGGAGAUCCUUUUAGUGCCGGAGCUUUCCUUCAUGACAGGAAUCCCUGAGAGAAUGAGGAAGGACCUCAGAGCGAUGAAGGAUCUGACCAUGCACAUCAAUGUGAGUGGUGAGCAGCACACUAAGUCAAUAAGGCAGCUCCUGGGGAACAUCAGUACAAACCCUGAGAGUCUGGAGCAGCUCAACCGAUGGGGACUGGAGAUUGGCUCAGCAAUGCUAGUGACUAAAGGUAGAACUCUGCCCCUUGAAAACAUCUGCAUGCAGUCGACAUCCUUCACAACCAGUGCUGAUGUAUCCUGGUCCAGAGAGGUUGUCAGGGACGCUUCGAUCAGUGCCAUCCCCUUGAACACCUGGGCCAUCUUCUACCCUCAGCGCUGUGCUGAACAGGCCGAGGAGCUGUUUUCCACCUUUAAAAAGGUGGCUGGGCCUAUUGGGAUGCGACUGGAGCGACCCAUUCGCGUGGAGCUGACGGACGAUCGCACAGAGAAAUACGUCAAGAGCAUCCAUUCUCAGCUCACCCGUGAACCCAACAUGCAGCUUUUAGUGUGCAUUGUGAUCGGCAACAGAGACGAUCUCUAUGGUGCCAUCAAGAAGCUCUGCUGUGUUAAAAGUCCCAUCCCAUCCCAGGUCAUCAACAUCCGGACAAUUUCCCAGCCACAGAAGCUGAAGAGCGUUGCCCAAAAGAUACUUCUGCAGAUGAAUGCCAAGUUAGGAGGAGAGCUCUGGACUGUCAAUGUCCCUUUGAAAAACUUGAUGGUGGUUGGAGUUGAUGUCCACCAUGAUACCAGCAGGAUGCGUCAGUCCGUCAUGGGUUUUGUGGCAAGUGUGAACAGCUCACUGACCCGCUGGUACUCCAGAGUAACUUUCCAGACACCCUCUGAGGAACUGAUCUGUGGCCUCAAAGCUUGCUUACUGGCUGCAUUGCAGAAAUACUACGAGGUCAACCACAACUUGCCGGAGAAGAUUGUGGUGUAUCGAGAUGGUGUGUCGGACGGCCAGCUGAAGGUGGUGGAGCAGUACGAGAUCCCACAGCUGAUCAAAUGCUUUCCGACUUUCCCCGGCUAUGAGCCCAAACUGGUCUUCAUUGUGGUCCAAAAGCGCAUCAGCACAACCCUGUACUCCUGCGCCGCAAACUACUGUGGCACUCCCCCACCUGGGACUGUACUGGAUCACACUCUUACAGAGAAAGCCUGGGUGGACUUCUAUCUGAUGGCGCAUCACAUUCGCCAGGGCUGUGGACUUCCUACACGCUAUAUCUCUGUGUACAACACAGCGAACCUCACACCCGAUCAUUUGCAAAGGCUGACUUUCAAGAUGUGCCAUUUGUACUGGAACUGGCCGGGCACCGUUCGAGUUCCAGCACCAUGCAAGUAUGCCCACAAACUGGCUUUCCUGGCUGGUCAGUACUUGCACUCUGAGCCGGGCAUCCAGCUAUGGGACAAGCUCUUCUUCCUUUGAGCUGCACCAGUUACAGCCACAACCAAACUUCUACGGUCUCAGCAAAACCAGCUGUAGAAGGCCAACUCAUUUGAAUUGAGGGAUUUGUUCAUUAUUGUUAUUAUUAGUAUUAUAUAGCACUUUCGAGUUUAAUGUAGAUUGUUCACAGGCUAAAUGUCCCACACAGAAUUUGAGAUCAUUCUGUAGUUUAUUUUUCAUACUCAUUUAAUUUACUAGUUUUGUAGAGUUUCAUUAGAAUUUUUAGUUACAUUUUAAGCGUUGUACCGUCAUGGAGGUUUGAAAUUGUUUGUUGUUCUUAAUAAAGCUGCGACCUGUGCAGUGGAGUGACUUUGCAGCAGAAACGGAAUAAGUUCUGACAGUUAUUCUCAGUGCAACUUCUAAGUGGCACUGUCUGCCAAAGUACUCGUUUUGUGCUGCAUUGUUUGAAUUAGCUUCGUCACGGUUAGCACUUUCCGCCCACCUGUGCUGUGUCAGACACCACAAUACCACACAGUUGAUGUCAAGACCAGACCAGAAAUUAAUUUAACAGCCAUACUGUUGCUAGCAGUGACGAGGUGGAUUUAAGACCAUAAGUCUUGAGUGAUUUUAUCUCAUCUGAUGGGAUUUUUUUUUUUGCCAACGUGUCCCAUUGAGGUUUCACUAAAGAAACCUCAAUGGCAGUCAGAAUUACAGGGUUCCUACGCAGUAUGGAAACAUAUUGAUUAUUUGUAUUAGAUUUAAGUAUUUAGUAAUUGAUUUUAGUAAUUUCCAGGAAAAAUAUUUUACUUUUCCAGACAAAUCCAAACGGACGUGAAUCCAAAGAUUUUAGAAUACUAAUGAUCUGUCUCAAUAUCUCUAGUCUAUUGAAUCCUUUUCCCACCGCCACCAUAGCUACACACACUGUGCCUUCCAUCUACAGAGCCAUAUGUCUGACAGGCAGAAGGAAUCAGUCCUAGAACAGGUGACGACAGAAGUAUCAAUAUUUCAAUAUCAAUCCCCAUAUGCACAUCACAAUCAACUGGCUGGAAAAACGGACUUUCUGUGUAUGAAGAGAACAAUGGGUAAAUGCAAAUUUUGAGUGCUGACCAGAUGAUCCAAAUUAUAAGGCCUGGUUGGCUAAGGAUUCCCAAAGGGAAAAGAAAGCUAGAUGCAAACUGUAAAAUACUUUGACAUGGGUGAGGCGGCAAUUAUUAUUAUCACCGAGACUAACCGCAACAAGUACCUGCCAACGCGUCACAGCUGUGAUGAAGCUGCUGGAGAAAUGCAUCCUGAGGUACACACUGUUGAGAAUCUUGGCAUGGCUGAAUCCACAGAAGAUGACAGAAGCCAGAUCUUUGUGAUAAAUAACCGAGAACCGUGAAUUGUACACAUCCCGUCUGUUACUGUAGGGGUUGAAGGUAAACACUUAUUUAAAUGUACAUUACAUAUCUGAACAACAUUGCACUGUUUUUCGCAUCACGGCUUGAAUAAAAUGCUUUGUAUUGAA